AUCGAAUUUUUUGAGUAUGAGUUAAUAUUAUAAAAAAAAAAUGGCGGAUCCGGGAGAUAUUUUCGGUAGUGGGGCAGAGAGCGACGAAGAGAGUCACGGAUCCCCAGCAAGUGGAAAUGGAAGUCAUCAUUCAGAGAGUCCAGUUGGAAGUCCUGCUGGGUCAGGGAGUCCAGCCCACAGUGGGUCUCCUCCAAACAGCCCAGGGGCAGGGUCUGGAUCACCCACCAGUCAUCACUCUGGAUCUCCAGAAAGGUCCCAGUCAGCUACUCCAGUUGGAUCUCCAGCAUCUCACAGGUCAGGGAGCCCAAGAAGUGGAUCUGGUUCACCAGCAAGGAGUGGGUCUGGAAGUCCUAGAAGUAGGUCAGGUUCUCCAGUAAGAAGUGGUUCAGGUUCACCUGCUAGAAGUGGUUCAGGUUCACCUGCUAGAAGUGGUUCAGGUUCACCUGCUAGAAGUGGUUCAGGUUCACCUGCAAGAAGUAGGUCUGGAUCUCCCGCAAGAAGUGGAUCAGGCUCACCUGCUAGGAGUCGAUCUGGCUCACCAGCAAGAAGCAGAUCAGGAAGUCCUAGGAGUAGAUCAGGAAGUCCUAGAAGCAGAUCAGGAAGUCCAAGGAGCAGAUCAGGAAGUCCUGCUAGGAGUGGGUCUGGAUCACCUGCAAGGAGCAGGUCUGGCAGUCCAGCAAGAAGCAGGUCCAGAAGCAGGUCACGAAGUGGAAGCCCAGCUCAGCAUUCAGGAAGUGACAGUGGGUCAGACAUUGGUAAAAAGAAGAAGAAGCAGAAAAAGGAAGGGUCAGGAUCAGAUUCAGAUAAUGAUGUCAAUGCUACAGUUGGUGAUUUAUUUGGAGAUGCUGAUGACAUUAGCUCAGAUGAGGAGGCCAAGACAAGGAAGUCUGAUGCUGAAGAUGAUGAAGGAGGAGGCUCUGAUAGGGAGAGACAGGCUCCUGUAAUUGAUGAUGAUGAAGAACAGGUAGAAGAGGAAGUGCCAGAAACAAGAAUUGAGGUUGAAAUUCCUCGCAUCAUGACAAACCUCGGAAAAAUUCUGCAUUAUGUGAAACUGCCAAACUUUCUUAGUGUGGAAACAAGGCCUUAUGAUAAUCAGACCUAUGAAGAUGAAAUCGAUGAAGAUGAAGUGUUAGAUGAAGAAGGAAGAGCUCGGCUUAAGUUAAAGGUAGAGAACACAAUUCGCUGGAGAAAGAAAAACAACGAAGAUGGAACAGAAGCCACUGAUGAGCUUGGUAAACCCAUCAGAGAGAGCAACGCCCGUGUUGUCCGCUGGUCGGAUGGCAGCAUGUCUCUUCACCUGGGAAAUGAAAUCUUUGAUGUGCACACCAUGCCGAUACAGGGCGACUUCAACCACUUGUUUGUCAGACAGGGAACCGGUCUCCAGGGACAGAGCAUAUUCAAAACAAAACUAGCAUUCAGACCUCAUUCAACAGAAUCCGCUACGCACAGAAAGAUGACAUUGUCUUUAGCAGACAGAUCAACUAAAGCACAAAAAGUCAAGGUCCUUCCAAUCUCAGGUCGUGACCCUGAUGCUCAUAGAAGUGAAAUGAUUAAGAAAGAAGAAGAAAAAUUACGAGCCUCCAUUCGAAGGGAAAGUACCAGGCGGAGGAUGAAAGAGAGAAGUCUGCAUCGUGGCCUCAAUGCCCGCUACCUGGAAGAUGGAGAGGAUGAUGAUGAAGGCGGAGUGUCGCUGAAUGAUUUGAAGAAGGAGUACAAACAGAAACGGGCUGAUCGGUUGACGAUUUAUUCAUCUGACAGUGAUGACUCAUAUUCAGAUGGAGAGAAGUCUGGGCGACUGAUGAAGGCUAAGAGAGGUGGUAGUGAUGAGGAUUCUGAAGAAGAGAAAGGUCCAAAGAAGAAGGCGGCCAGGAUUGUGGAAAGUGACAGUGAAGAGGAAGGGGGAGGGGCAUCUCAAGAAGGGGGUGGGGAUCACAGUGAGGGAUCCAAUAAAGGCAGUGAUAUGGAAGAUGAUUGACAUUUUAUGAGACCAAGACUGUUGUUUAUGUUUCAUAUUGUUGUAAAUACAUGUAGAACCAUUGAUCAUGCAUCACUAAUAAAAACCAUAUUAAUAUAUA